AUGCUGGAAGGCAUAGCACCGAAAGAAUACGAUAAUUAUUUUCUGACUAAAAGUUACUUUGAUGUACGUGAAUAUGAUAAAGCUGCUCAUUUAGUGCGGAAUGCUAGUUCUCCAGUUCCCAGAUUCCUUCAUCUUUUUGCCACUUGUAUGGCAGUGGAGAAAAGACGGUUGGAUUCGCCCUUUGAUCAAUCGAAUCUAAAUGAAUCAGGUCGAUUUAAAGACCUGGCAACUAAUCGUCACAAUCUAUUAUAUGGACAUAUAAGCUUCAUUUGUCAUUACCUUAGUCCAUUUAAACUCAACGUUAAAAAAAUAACUAAAAAUAUAAAUAUAUAUGUAUAUACAAAAUAUAAAUAUAAAAUAAUUAUCAAAAUGGAUUUAAAUUUGGAAGAUUUUCAUCAAAUAUGUCGUGUCUGUCUACAAAAAGGGGACGUAAAUUUAUAUGAUUGCAAAGUAAAAUUACGUGAAAACAGCGAAGGAGCCACCUCAGAGAAAUACUUAAAUCUAACGAUCGCAGAAUUAAUGGAAAUAUUUAUUAACAGUAAGACAGAUCUUUUGGAACUAGAUGCGGAAGUCCCUUCUAUGUGUUGGGACUGUUUGGAGGAUUUAAAGUUUUGCUAUGGUUUUUAUAACAAAUUAAGGAGUGCGAAUAGUAAUUUGAAAUAUUUAUAUCAAGAGUGUUUAAACAACGUUAUACAGUACAUAGAAGACGGACAAGAGUUGAAAGAAGAAUGGCCUGAAGACGAAUUAAGCUCAUUAAUAAUAGAAGAUUUGAAUGAAGUGGACAGUCAAGAUACAUUAGAAGAUUUAAAAUACACGCGUUUAUCUUCGGAAACUAAUAAAUUCAUCCCUUCGACUACUACUAAAAGUCUUUUGACUCCACGUGACAAUGUCGCAUUGAUGGUAACAAAAUUUUUCCCAACUACUGUUGGAAAUAAUGCGAAGAGCGAUGAGACAGAACCACAGCUUGCCCCUACAUUAUUAACAGCAGAUUAUAAGGUUGUAGAGGUAAAUGACUUGAGAAACUUACAAACUCUUGAAUACGAUGGACCUAAUAGUAAAACUGAUGCAAUAUAUAAAUGUCAAUAUUGUCCACAAGCAUUUGCAAACUUAGAGUAUUUAAAAACUCAUCUACAAACCACACAUCUAUGUAAAUUUUGCACCCAGGCAUUCAAUCUAAGCGGCGAGCUCUUCAAACAUAUACGAGAAGUGCAUAAAGAAUGCAAAUGCAAAUGUGCGAUAUGCCACAAAAGGCUUAGUUCUCACUGUAAUUUGAGAAGUCAUAUCAGACGAGUGCAUGGAGUAAAGUUACCACCCAAAAUGGCUUUGAUUGAUUUUGUGAGAAAAACCCCCAAGGAGAGUGACGAUGAUGGUAAUAAGGAAUUAGAAACAUCCGAUGGGAUUGAUCUGGAAACAGAUGGACUAUCUUUAAAAACUUGCGAUUUUGGCUAUAAUUCAGAAUCAAUGGAAAUAAAUUAAUGUUAA